AGAAAUUUCAUUUUAUUGCUUAAUUAGUUGUGUAGAGGCUAAAUUUAUGUUUUUAACCUGUAACCCUUAUUUUUUAAAGGGAUUCGUGCUUUAUCUCAGGUAAUCAUGGCAGCUGAGUCUCCCAAUUCAGCACGAAAAGUUGUUGUCCAUUUGAGAGCAACUGGGGAUGCCCCCAUACUAAAACAAGCCAAAUUCAAGAUACUUGGAACUGACAAAUUUGCUAAAGUAAUUGAUUUUUUGCGUCGUCAAUUGCACCGAGAUACACUGUUUGUGUAUGUAAACAGUGCCUUCUCACCAAACCCAGAUGAAUUGGUGAUUGAUCUGUAUGAUAAUUUUGGUUUUGAUGGCAAACUGGUGGUUAAUUAUGCCUGUUCUAUGGCAUGGGGCUAACUCUUGAUGAUGGAUCUUCUGAGAGAUGAGAUAAAAACUGUCAACUCUGUAACUGUUUCCUACAAUUCUUUAUUAUGCAUAUUCCUCAUUGAACCAUUUUCUAUAAUUCCCCCCCCCCCCUUUUCUCUGAGAAACGGGUGAUCCUGUAGCAGAUACUAACUUCUUGCUUCUUCUCAAGCAAGGGAAUAUUGGUGUUCUGAAGAUUCGGAUAAUGGCGACAUCAAUUUGAACUGCAGUUGAUGUACAUCUAUCACACUUUUUUAUUUUCUUUUAUGUACAUUCCACUUGUACGUUCCAACUUGUUUGUAAUUCAAAUCUGGAAAACUUCUCUUGGUUCACAUGCAUCGAGCACAUAAAUUUCUCUGUUGGAUUUGGAGCAGUUGCUGAAUGUUAUUUGUUUUUCUUUUGGUUCAAAGCUGAAUAUGUUUUGAUGUCAGAGAAA